UGGGGGCGGAGGAAGAGUGUUCUUUUAGGAUGCUAUAAAGAGAAGAUGUGGUCGCUCACUCAGUCAGUCAGCACUCACACACGCAGGCGGAGUGGAACUUCAUUAGCGAUUCCUCAUUUUUUAAACUAUCCUGCUCUUUUACAGAAAAAAUACACUUACGGUCACGUUUUUGCUUACUGCGUGAUCUUGCGGGAGAACAAGCGCAAUCAUCGGCGCAAAGCUUGCACACUUUCCCAACUUUUUUUCCCCUUCCAAUUGUGGCUUUUUAUUUCAAAAGGAUGCUGGUCUCCACUUGGAAUAAAUGCUGGCUGUUGCUGCUCCUCGCCACCGCCGUAAGGACGGGGACGUGCCAAGUACCGGAGGGGCGUCCUAAGCUUAACUCUAUCAAGUCGGUUCUACUUGCAGCGGAGGAGGAAGAGGUGCCCACUGCAGCUGCCUCCAACCGCUCUGCCACCGCGCACGCAAGCACCGGCAAGAAGCACAGCAUCUUUGCACAGGUCUAUCCAUGCAGCAAUGACAAGGAGUGCAGUGUGGGAAGUUAUUGCCACAGUCCUCAGCAGACACCCUCUCGCUGCCUGGCAUGCCGCAGGAGGAAGAAGCGGUGCCAUCGAGACGCCAUGUGCUGUCCCGGCAAUCGCUGCAAUAACUAUAUUUGUGUGGCUAUGUCUGAGAGUGUGAUCUCGCCUCAUAUCUCCGCCUUGGAUGAACACAACAAGCUCUCUGCUAAAGACCACAGCUGGAGGAAGAGUGGGAGAACACAUGCCAAGCAUUCUCUCAAAGGCCAUGAGGGUGACUCCUGCUUGCGUACCUCUGACUGCUCCGAGGGCUAUUGCUGCGCCCGUCACUUCUGGACCAAAAUCUGCAAGCCGGUCUUGCGAAUGGGCGAGGUGUGCACCAAGCAGAGAAAGAAAGGCUCUCACAACUUGGAGAUCUUCCAGCGCUGCGACUGUGCCAAGGGCCUCUCUUGCAAGGUGUGGAAAGAUACCACCUCCUCAUCCAAGUCCAGACUCCACAUGUGCCAGAAGAUCUGAAGACGCAGGAAGCUAGCCUCUCGCUCCAUCUGCUACGGAACUUUUAUUUUAUUUUUAUUUUUACUGAAAGAAAUGGCAUAUACAGUAGACAGACAGAAGGGACUGUGUGGUGCCUUAAUUCACCUCUAUGCCAGCUUGUGCUGCUGUGGACUGAGUCCAGGCUGUGAGAGACCACAGAUGUCUUUCUUCAAGCUUUAAGACAUUCACAGAGAAGCCACAUUAUUAUUUUAAUUACGAUUACGACCGUCCAGUACAUUCCUCAUGAUGCUGCAAAAUUCAUUUGCUUUUGAAUGCCGUGUGAGAGGUUUUUCCAUGUAAAUUUUCAUGCACUAUGCAAUGCAUACUAAACUAAUGCUGUUGUGUGUGAAAGAAAUUUAAUAAUGUCAACAAGAACAACGGUGAAUCCAGGAAUGAAAAUUAUACGUAUGAGUUCUUUGACUAAAAUAAACACACGCCAUCAUUAGCUUAGCCUGUUGCUGUCCCUCAGCUCUGGGCCCUCAUCUAUAAAAAUGUGCAUGGAAAUCUGACUAAAAGUCUGCGUGCGCCAGAAACCCAAAAUGUGCAUACGGACAAAAAUAUUCAGACCUAUAAAAAGUGCCGUACGCACGCAUUCACCCAAUUUGUGGUUGAUAGAUUCCACCUUGAGGAACUCCACCUCACGUUACGCCCUUUCCACACCUCCACUUCACCAUAGAAGGUCAUUGCAAAGUAACUCAUGAAUGUGGCGUCCAUAUUUAAAAAAAACGACGAGGAUGAAGAAGGGGAAUGGGAAUGGAGGUGGAAAUACUGGAAAAAGUAUCAGAUUUGGAAGACACGGCAGUGGCAUAACAAAUAAAAGAUUGAGUGACAGCACGUCCGCGGCCAGUAGUGCCAGUUAAGACAUUUUCCAGCAGAAACGGUCUGUGUAAUUUACUCCACCCCAGGCCCUCCUCCAGAUACGCCUCCCGCCAAGCCCAUUCCACUGUGAUUGGUCACACUCCCACGUGCUCCCGAGGACUUCUGGACAGAUGCCGAACCCCACUUUUUAAUUUUGCCGGUACAGGAGUUAAUAGUAAACAACGAUUUAUCUUUUUAAGAUAUCCGCUUUUAACAUACAGCCAUAUGUUUUUUGUCCAAUUACUUACACAAAAUACACACAGUUAAAACACUAAUAAAUUGUUACUUACAGCUUGCUCUACUGACUCUUCAACAUGACCAAGUAACGUUGGAAAGGAGUUGGAGGUCAGCAAGAGUUUGGCGGAUAGUCCAGCUUCGUAUUGGCCCACGUUCACAAGACAGUCCCGUGUGAAGUGCUGUUGACAGAUGAGCACAUUUUUCUCUUUCUGACUGGGAAUCAGCAACUCCAACCACUUCUGCCUAAUGCUUGCCUCUUUAGGAAAGCUAAACAAAACUAGCUUUCCCGCAAACCAAACAAACAUUUCCUGGGAGCCAUUGCUCAGUGUGCUAACACGGUGAAAUCUUUGACAACAGAGCGGAGCACGGGGAGGGGCAGGCCUACAGCGUGUAACUGGGCAUGCCCAUAUAAGGAAGUCCAGGUUGCGUUGACGUCAGUGGAACUCGGUGUUAAAAAAAACCUCUGUAAAACACAGCAUGCAGAGCCAUCCAAAACUGCUUUCAGGGCUCACUUCCAAAUGCGCAAACCUCAUUAUCCGACACGUUAGCAUUGUUUAACACGACAAUACAACAUUGUAAAAACAUUUAAAGGUCAGAAAAGAGGAAAAGCAUAAUAGGUCCCCUUUAAUUGACACUACAUUUUAGCAAAAAUUUUAAGGUGGACGCAAAGACUCAAAACGGGGAUGAAGUUAUGUUGAAAAAUAAUUAACUAUUUAACUUAAUGAUGACAGUAACACCAUCAAACUAUUAGGUAUAUUUUAGUUAUUUUAUAUGGAACUAAUGUUGUGUGUUAUUUCAAAGCGCAACAAAAGAAAACCCCAUCAUUUGUAGAAAAAGAAAAGAGUAAGUUUACACACACGGUCCUGACACUAUCCACACUAAUAAAGGCUGUGCAUGGUAAAUAAAUGUUGCUACAGAUGACAAACUUGACAUAUGCAACGAAAAACUGCCUUAUUUUUGGAUAAAUUGUCCAAAGAAAAGAAACAAAUGGACCACUGAGGACUAUUAGCUCGGUGUCUUGUAAAAUUAAACCCUAUACAAUUAUUUAAUUGAAAACCUGAUGUUUGUUAUAAUUAAUAUUAAUCGAACACAUAAUAAUAUCAUGAUUAUAAAAUAAAAUGAUUAAGUAUUCAAGAACUGCGUUGUGUUUUUCAUAUGUCUUUUAGUCCGAAUACUAUACACUUGUUCGUAAUGGUGUUUACGAUAAAUGACAAAUGAUAUCCAUCAGUGUCAUGUAAAAUAACAACACUUUCCACAAAUGUUUUCAGUAAAAAAACGGCGUGAUAUUUUAAUGCAAUGAUGGAUACAUUUUUAUUGGCUUCCACUGCAUGUUUAUUUCUAACGUAUGAUUUCACGGCACCGCUUGAAAUGUGUGUCGCAUUUUUGCCAUGUCUCUAAAAAGUGCGUACUCACGCCCGGUUGUGUUUUUAUAGGUGACAUACUUUGUGUGGAAACCGCUUAUGCAACUUUUCCGCCGCAUUUUGUGCGUACGCAAGCUUUAUAGGUGAGGCCUCUGGACACUGCUGCAGUAUUAUAUCCCACAAUCUCUGUUUUUUCGCUGUCCUCUGUCUCCAUUUGGAUAAAAUUGCUGUGUUGUAGUGUUUCUGACUGAUUUCAUUUGUCAUUAUAGCAUUUGAGCAUUUUAGCUUGCCCUGUCGCUUUAAAUGUCAACAAAGUAAAUACAGGAGAUCAUAAUCUUGUGUCUGACUGCAUUAAGUUUGUUUUUCAUGAAGUGCCUGUGCAGAAAUGUCUAUUUUCACAAGCAGUAGUCCCCAUUUUUUAUCACAUCCUUUUUCUUGUCAUUUUGUAACCAUUUAUAACAUAGAUAAGCUCUUAUAUUGUAAAUACAGUGGAGUCGAUGAUAAUGUAUUUAAGAAACAGUGUAUAUCAUGUACAUAUAAGAAGAUAUAAAGCCUAAAUGGCACCGUCAAAUAAUCUAGGUGAGUGAAGGGAUGAAAUGGGACUGAACCAUACAGUAGAUGUUUUAAGGCUGAUUAUAUACAGUACUUGGCAGGUGCAUCAUAAACGACAAUUGCUAAAGGAGCCACAACACACAUUGUGUAAAUGGUAUGUACAUGGUGUCCAAUUAAAUAUUGUUUUAUGUGAAUAAUUCGUAUUGAUUUGCUUUUUACAUAAGUACAGUGAUGAA